UAGCUUAAAGCCAGCAGGGACCAUUAGAUCGUCCAAUCUGGCCACUGUAUUUCACCCAGUUCCCCCACCUGCUCUAGGGGUUAGGUGCAGAAGAAUGGGACAGAUGCACUGGCCAUUGCAUGGGGUGGUCAGUUUCGCCCUAGAAGUGUUUUCACCCUUUUAAAGGCUUAAACCCAUAGAGAUCCUCCAGCUCUCCCGGUGCGAGGUGGGAGGGGGGAUUUAAUGCAGCAAGGACCUUCCUGUUGCCUGAAUCCUGGUGGUGUCUGAUCUCUGCUGCUGGCAGCCCUUGCUGCCUGGAUCCCCCAGCUCCAGUGGGGACGCCGCUCUGCCCGGAGAGCCCAAGAGACUCAAGCAACCCCCCAGCAGGAGCGCAGGAUUUGAACACCUGAUCCUGUGCAUUAUAGGACUGAACUCAAGCUGAAGGCCUAACUCUGCUAGUUGUUAUUAAUAGCAGGUGGUGUGUUCCUAAUCCUGACACGAUCUCUCGCAUGGAAUGCAGGGAAGAACCCUGUGUCUCAAUUCUCCAGGACCCCAGCAAACGGCUGAAUCCAAGAGGUGCCUGCAAAGCAGAUCACCAGAUCCUGAGCCAAACUGAAGAGGAGACCCCACAGCGGGAGGGCACUGGGAAAGCAGAGAGAACUGGAGGGGACUUCUCGCAGCAGAUCCAGCCUGGGGCAGGGAGAAACCCUGUGGAACAGGAUCACCUUGACUCCACCACUGCACUGGGGGCUGGGGAAAACUCCACAGAGUGGGAUCUCCAAGAUGUCACGACCAGGAGAUCUGGAGAGGACAUCUCCCAGCAGAGCUUGUGUGGGGCUGGGGAAAACCCCACUGAGCGGAAUCUCCUAGACCCACUGGCGUCCCGACGUCCCAGCGCCUGUGCCGACUGCGGGAAAACCUUCAGCCUGAGCUCGAAUUUGCUGCGUCACCGUCGUGCCCACCUGGGUCAGAAGCCCUACCGGUGUGUUGAAUGCGGCAAGGCCUUCGCCCAGAGCCAGCACCUCCUGGCCCACCAGCGGGUGCACACGGGCGAGCGUCCCUUCCUCUGCACCCAGUGUGGGAAGAGCUUCUCCCAGAGCCAGCACCUGCGCACCCAUUGGCAGACCCACGCGGGCCAGCGGCCCCACCAGUGCCCCGAGUGUGGGCAGAGCUUCAGCCAGACCUCCAACCUCCUCAAACACCGCCGGGGCCACCUGGGCCACAAGCCUUUCCAGUGCGCCCAGUGUGGCAAAGGGUUCGGGGAGAGCUCCACCCUGAUCCGCCACCAGCGCACCCACACUGGCGAGCGGCCCUACUGCUGCCCGGCCUGCGGCAAGGCUUUCAGCCAGAGCUCCAACCUCCUCAAGCACCAGCGCACCCACACCGGCGAGCGGCCCUACCGCUGCGAGCAGUGCGGCAAGGCCUUCGGCAAGAGCUCCGCCGCCAUCCUGCACCAGCGCACCCACACCGGCGAGCGGCCCUACCCCUGUCCCCAGUGCGGCAAGCGCUUCAGCCAGCGCCCCCACCUGGCCGCCCACUGCCGCGUCCACACCGGCGAGAAGCCCUUCGCCUGCCCCCAGUGCAGCCGCAUCUUCAGCCAGAGCGCCACCCUGAGCCGGCACCGCCGCACGCACCGGCAGGAGGGGGAGCGGGCAGGGGAGGUGCCCCGGCCGGGAGGCGACAGGGGGGCGGAGAAGGAGGCGCCGUGCGAGAGCAGUGCGCGGCGGGGGGAGUGCGUGGCCGAGGAGCACCAACACGGCUACUCCAGCCUGUGACAUACCUUGGACUGUGGAAACAGCAUCACAGAUGUAAAGACCAGGCGCUAGCCCAAAGCUCCAGGGACCAUACCUCCAACGGGUGGUAUUUCUAUCACAGUAGGCUCCAGAACAUGGUGGGCAUUGUACAGUUUUUUUCCCCCCUUCUCUUGUGUUAUUUCUUGACUUACUUCCUAUCCUCAGGGAUUGUUUUCUUCUUUGGGAGAGAAGCGAGAAUAGCAGAACUAAAGACUUUCUAGUGCUAGUGGAUGGCGGGGGAAUUGAACCUGGGACUUAUGGAUCUUGAAGCGUGGGCCUGCACUGUCCGAGCUAAAAGAGCAUCUUCACUCAGCCAAGGCUGUUACGUGCUAAUAUAACCUCCCAGCUACCUCUAGAAGGCAUCAGCACACAGCUCUGAGUGUGGGUUAAAUCAGCUUCUCUUCUAAGCGUUGAUUUAAAGCAGCAGACCACAUGGACUUAAACAGAAAGACUGCAUGAGAGAAUAUUCCUGGCACUUAAAAAAACAACAACUACAAGGCUGGACUGGCUGGUACGCCCAACACCACUGUGAGCUGCUGCCGCCAGGAGAGAUGGCUGAGAGGCAGAGGAGAGGGGUGAAAAGCAAAGGAACCAGACGCAGUGUCAAAAUUUGCCCAGUUGUUCGUCUUUCCUCUUGCAUGCUUGGGUCUGCGGUGUGGCAGUAAAUGGGCAGAACAAAGGAGGGUUACGGGGCAGCACCACGACACCCCCUAGUGGGGUCGGCAUCGGGGCUGGGAUCUUGGCAUCCUGAUGCUAAAUGGGCCAGCGUCUACUGCCCGAGUGAAGUUGGCCCAGCAGGGUUGUGUAUAUGGCCCUGCUGCUAGCCGGGGACGCACCCACACCGUCCGCUAGGGUGGGAUGCGACAGGGAUCACAGAUGUCAUUUCAUUUACUGACCAACUGAGCUGGGGUUUUGGCCUCCCGAUCAGCUGUGACCUGAGAAAGCCACUGGCUGACCCAGCUUUUAAGCUAAUAAAAUAUGUCCAAUUAUCACCAA